UUAAGCUUAACUUAGAUCUUGAGCAGAUGGUUAUAGGAAAGUCAAUCUUAUUUUCAGUUUAUUAAUAAUAAUCUAUAUAGAGCUACUACAAGUUAAUUACUAGUAUAGGAGCCAGCCUUAGAAAAAAAGAUAAGAACAAUACAUACCAGGAACAUGGGAGAUAGGUAGGAGUCUUGGCUGGACAGCUGGGCAUCGUCAACUUUGAGCUGUUUGCACAACGGUGCAAAAACCAGUCCUUCAUUUGGUAAUCUCAUGAUAUAUCACUCGUGCAUAAGAAUUUAUUAGAAGCAAAUAAUGGCAAUUGUCUUGAAUCAUUAAUUAAAUUGGUGGCAAAACCACUCGUGGUGCAAUGUAUUGUAUAUUACAACGGCCUCAUAUGAAAGGAGAUACUUAGAGAUUUCUUCAAGCAAAUAAUUUAGGAGAAAAUGAGUUGGAUAUAACGGUGGGAAGGGAACAUGGUUACUAUUAAAUACAAAUCUACUUAUUAAUCAUAUACACAUUAUUGUGUGCUGAAUAUUGAUUAUCUUAAGAAUAAGAUCAAAGAUGCUCUGUAUGUCUUCUCCAUAUCUCAGUGUAUAUAAUUGAGCAUAAGGAAAACAAAUAAGUCAGAGGCAAAUUGUAGCAAUACCCAAUUGCAGAUUCAACUCUGAAAGGCCAUUCCAUCUCUUCUUUGAGAUAGUAAAAAUAAUCCAAUGGCUAACUCAAACAUUUUAUCCACCAAACCACACCCUCUUUUUGAAGAAUGUGAAGAACACUUGUGCAGAUUAGGGGAUUUAAAUGCAACUUCUUCAGCUUCAAUAACACAAAAGUUGAGUGGUCUUGAGGAUUUGCAUAAUUGUGCUGAGAAGUUGCUUCAGUUGCCCCUCACUCGAAAAGCACUUGUAAAUGGCCGCCAUGAGAAGUGGGUUGAUCAAGUGGUAGAUGGUUCCCUGAGGCUGUUGGACAUGUGCAGCGCAGCCAAAGACGCCGUGUUACACACCAAGGAAUGCGCACGCGAGAUCCAAUCCACCAUGAGAAGAAGAAGAGGAAGUCUCGAAAGCGAGAUCAAAAGAUACUCAGUCUCAAGGAAAGUUGUAAAGAAAGCAAUCCAAAAGGCCUUAAGAAAUCUAAAGAGUAAUGACUCAAAGAAUGCAAUAUUAUCUGCUUCAAACAAAGACAUCGAAACCAUGGCAUUGGCUGGAGCAUUAGGAGAGGUAGAAGCAGCCACUCUUGCAGUAUUUGAGUCCUUGUUGUGCUUUGUUUCUGGGCCAAAGUCACAGUAUUCCAAACUAAACAGCUGGUCCUUAGUUUCAAAGCUUUUAAUGCAAAGCAAAAAGAUUGGAUGUGAGGAAGAAGAAAAAGCUGUGAAUGAGUUUGAAAAUGUGGAUUCUGUAUUGCAAAUUCUCAUUCAGUCUGAUAAGUGUCCAUUGAACAUUGAGAAUGUCCAAACUGAGCUGCAAUGCCUAGAGUCUUGCAUCCAAAACUUUGAAGAAAGACUAGACAGACUCUUUAGGGGUUUGAUCAAAAUCAGAGUUUCCUUUCUCAACAUCCUUAACAACUAGUUAGGAGAUUCAUAAUCAUAUUGUACAUAUGUAAAUUUUUGUCUUGUUAUAAAAUAUACAAAAUUUGUCUCAUCAA